AAAGUUAUUCGCCGAUAUUGAUCAAUAAAUUCAUUUAUCAAUUGGACAAAACGUUCGAAGGAUCUCAAAAAGGGUAUACAAGAAUGAAGACUUGCGUAUUCAUGUUGGUGCUUGGACUUGCAGUAUUAGAGGGAGUUCUUUCAUAUACGACUUAUCCACGUAAACCUGUUCGAGUCGGAAGUGUCGGUGACCACAGGUCAUUAGGGGGACGUCAUGGAGGAGGCGGAUGGUCGGGAGGGAGUCGCGGUCACGGCGGCGGUGGCGGCUUCGGGGGAAUUGGUGGCGGUGGCGGCUUCGGGGGAAUUGGAAGUCGCGGCCCAUUCGUCGUCGCCAAGCAUCUCCACCGGCGGAGCGCUGCCAUGCCUCAGCCUGGCCGGGUGAUUGCUCUCGAUCCAGAGGACCGUAGAGGCGGUGGACCCGCCGGAAGGAUGCGGCCCGGGCCCCAAUACAACACAGCCUGUCUUCGGUGCUGGGGAUUGGGAGGCGGGUUCGGUGGUGGGCUCGGCGGGGGCGUGGUCAGCAAAAGGAGCGUCGGCAUCGUUCCACGAAGCCGCCGACCUGGCGGAAUUCAUGCCCGGGACUUCGUGACUGGCGGCAGCACCUUUCGUAGUUUAUGGUGUCGGCUAUGUCUUACGCAGGGAAGAGAGCCCGAUGAUGAGUUGAUGCUCCUAAUAGACUAAUUCCUGAUCCCGUUCCUGGUGUGCUGAAAGACUUACCGGUGUAGAAGUUUGAAUGGUCCCCGGAUAGAAUGUCCGGGAAACAAAAUGAUUCUCUUUUGCUCUUACCUCUCUAAGCUAUUGAAGCCAUGGCCUCUAUAGAACCAUUCACUUUAAUCCGUCAGCAUACAAUAGGGUCGGACAAUUUUUCCAGUGGGAGGACAUUUUUACACCGGUUGUGAAUUAGACAUUCGCACGGACGUAACUGAACUCAUGUGUGCAUAAAGACUCAUCUGGUGUGAUUUUUUUUCUCUCGCAUCUGAAAGACGGAAUCAUCACUGACCAAUCACUGCCAAAUGAAUUUUGAAAGAACUUAAAGACACAUAUCGUUGUGUUCCCUCUGGAAUCCUAGCUUGAAGGGUAUAAUAUGGACAUUUAGAGUUUUGACAUGUAGAAUUAGAACGUAACCACAUUUUCAGGUUUUGAAAUAAAAUCGUGAUUCAUUCCAAAAAAAUGUUGAUUGGAUUUUCAUUUGUAUUGUCAAAAGGACUACAGAGCAGAUGUACGUGUACUAUAGUUCGCCUCACCAUCAGUAGGGGUCCAAGAUUCUUCUUGUGUGAAGUAUAAUAAUGCCUACGAGGGCUGUAUACACUAUAAUGGCAAAAAUAUACAGCAGGUUACAUGGGCUACAUGUUUAUGCUGGAACCGCCUGUCGGUGAUGUCACAACCAUCACAACCGUACAAAACGGCAACGAAAUAAGCGUCUAAUGUAACGACGUGGUCGUCA